UUUGGUGCAGAAGGUGUUGCUGAAAGUGGUGGAAUAAUCAACAAGAUUGGAACUUACACAAUGGCUAUAUGUGCAAAAGAAAUGAAAAAACCAUUUUACGUAUUAGCUGAAAGUUUUAAAUUUUCAAGAAUAUAUCCAUUGAAUCAAGUUGAUUUACCAGAUGAAUUUAAAUAUACAACAAGUACGAGGGAAAAAGAUCUUCAAAAUGAACAUCCACAAGUUGAUUAUACACCACCUCAUUAUAUUAAUUUACUUUUUACUGACAUUGGAAUCAUGACACCCUCAGCGGUAAGUGAUGAAUUAAUAAAACUUUAUCUUUGAAUUUAUCACUGUGAUCAAUGAUGUCUAGAAAUCAAAUUACUAUUUAAAUAAAAUUUUAAAUGUAUGACCGAAAUAAAGUGUUUUUAUUGUU